AUGUUGUUGCAACCCCAACAACAAGAUGUCAACGCCCUGUUGCAUAGCAUGCGGCAGCAAAUCCUGGCGUUGACCACGCAACUCGCCAAGCUGCAGGCAAACCCCCCUGUGGCAACCCCCUCGGUUGAGAAAAAGUUCAAUAAAAAGGUCAAAGUCGUCGCUGACCCUGGCACCUUCGAAGGAGACAGAGCGCGAUUCACCGAAUGGUGGAUCAAGCUCCAGAUUUGGGUCAAGGCAAACCGGGACGUGUUUGCCGACAAUUUUGAGGUGGCAACUGUGGUGCUAUCUCGCCUAAAAGGACCUGUGGUGGGUCAAUACGCCCAAGUCAGAUUACAGGAAUGCUACACUGCGGGAGUGUGGCCUACCUGGGACGAUCUCAAGAUAGAGAUCAAAAAAUACUUCAAACCGCAAGCUGAGCGUGACUGGGCGCGUCAGCAAAUCUGUUCCUUCAAACAAGGAAACAUGAGGACGGAUGACUUCGUAACCCAAUUCCUGGCCCUCUCUAUCCAAGGGGUUCUUGGCAAUGAACAUGCAGUAGAACUGCUGGAACGCAAUGUGAACCCUCGCAUUGCAGAACAGAUCUACUUGCAGGAUACAAGAAGCGACAACUUGGCCCUGGCGGGUGAGGAAGUACGACGAGUCGGUAGAGCCAUAGAGCUCUACACUAUGCACCAAGGUGGCGGGUCCACCAAACAAAACAACACAUCCCAGAGGCACCCUGGGUUAUCAAACCAACAUAAUCACUCUCACCGGUUCAAGCCGUUCGGGCUGCAGCCAGGAGAGGGUGCUCCUAUGGAUAUCGGUGGGGUCCAAGGCGGACAGAUGCACAGAUUCAAGGGCAACUGGCGCCAGGCGCGCCAAUUAGAAUCCGAAAAACUGGACGACCCGCUCAACUCUCUGACUGGUUGUGCUUACGACAAAAUCCAAGCCUUUUUCUAUGACCAACAGGUCAAUGAGAUGAAGGCUCAGGGAAAAGAAUUUGGGGCUUAG